UGCUCUGGUUAUUAGGAUGCCUGCUUCUCCAAGCGGAUUUGGUCACUACUUUGUGGACAGGAACGUCUCCAUGCCUGCUGGAUAUCAGAUGCUAGGAUGUGGGCCAGGGGUGCAACAGCAACAUCCUCAUCCACCUCCCCAUCUUGCUGCCAUGGCUGGGAUUCCUCUGCCUUUUUCAGGAAUACCGGGAUACACGUUUAUUCCGUUCCCACAUGCUGGACACGUGUCACAUAUGGGAAGCUCCUAUGACAUGAAAGCGGCUUCCCCCUAUCACCAGGCUCUGCUGAGCCGCGGCGGGGCGUACUUCUCUCCGUACAGACCCGUGGUGGCGGACGAACCCGGACGCGUCGCUAAAGUGGCGAGUCGGGAGAGCACGGGUGCGCUGAAAGCCUGGCUCAGCGAGCAUCUGAAGAACCCGUACCCCACCAAGGGCGAGAAGAUCAUGCUGGCCAUCGUCACCAAGAUGAGCCUGACUCAGGUGUCCACCUGGUUCGCCAACGCGCGCCGACGCCUCAAGAAAGAGAACCGCGUCAGCUGGGCGUCCAAAGCCAAGAGCGACGAGGACGAUGAAAGCGAGGUGGAGGAAGAGGAAGAUGUCUCCUCGCAGAAAGACAGGUGCUCGGAUGAUGAGGUCGACAUCGACUCUCAGGUUGUUGAUGUCGAUGCUGAUGCUGAGGAGGAGCUGUGCGCAGGAGAAAGCGCGUCCCCGCGCCAGGCUGAGGAACGCCUCACGGAGGGACUCGAAACACCCAAUGUGGGUGACACUUCCGGCUCGGUUGAGGUUACGACCGGAAACAGCGAGGCUGGCUGUGAAUCUGCGAGGAAGGAGUGUAAAGAAAAUGCUAAUGGACAGAAACCGAAAAUCUGGUCUCUAGCAGAAACGGCCACUUCUGAAACUCCAGUGAAGAAGAGCAAUGAGCAUUGUCAAGACUUUAGCAAAUUAUGGGCAAACUGGGCGUCCAGGAGCAGCUACUUCCCUGCAAACUACCCUGCACACUUCCUUCCACAAAGUCAGUUAAACUGUUAAUGCAACUCACGCAAGGCAGAUGUUUGCACUUUUGAACUGUUCUCUGAAGAGCUGAACUGUUUUUCUCUUACCAUGGACCCUUUAGUCAUGAAGUUUACAGUCAGGUUUAAACCCUACGCCUGGUUUAAACACCAAAUGAGCUUGAGGUUGUAAAUAAUUGUAAAUUUUAUUCUUGUUGUACACAUUGUAAAUUAUAAAAUGCUUUUUACAUGAC